CCGUAGCAACCAGCACCCCUCGUGUCUGUCUCCUAGUAACCGUCCGUCCCUCCGCGCCGCUGCAGGCCGCCCAGGACCCGCCGAGUCCCGGAUUGACCGUCUAUUCCCGGUCAGAACCGUCCGGUGCUUCCAUGGAACCGAGCUCCGAGUGAGCCGAGGCGCCGCCAUGAACGACCGGUACCACCGGGCGGCCCGGGACGGGUACCUGGACGUGCUGAAGGAGGCCGCCCGGAAGGACCUGAACGCCCCGGACGAGGACGGGAUGACACCGACCUUAUGGGCCGCUUACCACGGAAACCUGGAGGCGCUGCGGCUCAUCGUGAGCAGAGGAGGUGACCCGGAUAGAUGUGACAUCUGGGGGAACACGCCGCUCCACCUGGCGGCUGCCAACGGCCACCAUAACUGCCUUUCCUUCCUGGUGGCUUUCGGUGCCAACGUGUGGACUCUGGACAACGACUACCACACCCCCCUGGACAUGGCCGCCACCAAAGGCCACAUGGAGUGCGUGCGCUACCUGGACUCCAUCGCCGCCAAGCAGAUCACCCUCAACCCAAAGCUGGUCAGCAAACUGAAGGACCGGGCGUUCAGGGCCACCGAGCGCCGCAUCAAAGAGUGCGCCAAGCUGCAGAGGAAGCACCGCGAACGCAUGGAGAGGAAGUUCAUGAAGGAGUCGGCGGUUCUGGACAACAUGGACACCAUGAGCUUCUCCAGCUCCACCAGCAGCAGCACGCUGAGCCGCAAGUUCAACACGGUCACCUCCAACAUGCCAUACUCACAGGCCACCCUGCAUUCGACCGCCAAAGGGAAGGCAAAGAUCCAGAAGAAGCUGGAGAAGAAGAAGCAGGUCGACGGUACGUUCAAGAUCUACGAGGACGGCAGGAAAAGCGUCCGCUCGCUGUCCGGCCUGCAGCUCGGCAACGAUGUCAUGUUCCUCAAACAGGGAACCUACGACAACCCCAGGGAGCGGUCGCGCCUCAACAUCCGCGACAUGUUCCACCCUGACAACGACGACGACACCGACACCGUCUCCCGUGCAAUGAGCGACCCGGGCCUCCACGAGGCGGCGUACUCGGAGAUCAGCGCCGACUCCGGCCGCGACUCCCUGUUCACCCGGCCUGGUCUGGGCACCAUGGUGUUCAGGAGGAACUACAUGAGCGGGGGGAUGUUUGGGAUCGGAGGACGGGACGACGGCAGCGUGGCAGGAAGCGAACCUGUGGGCCGGGCGCCCAACGUCCGCCUGCGGGGCCACCUGCCUCGACGCUCGCCGAGCUUCGACGAGGACAGCAUCGGCAGCGCUUUGAGCCUCCAGGAAAGAAACCUGCAGGAACUGCCGUGGGAGGAGGCCGAAGUGGGGCUGGACGAGGACAUGGAGCCCGAGAACAGUCCUCUGGAGACCUUCCUGGCCUCCCAGAGCCUCGGAGAGUUCAUGAUGCUGUUCAGGAAGGAGAAGAUCGACCUGGAGGCUCUGAUGCUGUGUUCAGAUCAGGACCUCACCAGCAUCCACAUCCCUCUAGGCCCCAGAAAAAAACUGCUGGAUGCCUGCAAGAGGCGUUUGGACACUUUAGACGAACCAGAGGCCAUCGAAGACACUGAGCUUUGAAGAUGUAGUUUCAGUAGAAGCACCGAUCUUCUCCCUUAUUCCUCCCAGAUAAACACAGUAGCUACUGUCCUUUCCUUCAACAGUGCAGCCUUCAGAUCACAUCUACUGGAUUGUGAACACAUGAAUCAGAAAGUGGAUCACUUUUGGUACCUUUAACUUUACAUCUACAUCAAGUUUAUCAGCUGAAAGACUUCUUCUUGCAUAUAAAAUCUGGGGAGUUCCAUGGCGUCAUUUUAGAGAUUUUCAAAAACAAAACUUGCCAUUGAAACCUGUUGGUGGGCUUUGAGGUUCGCAGGAUUCAGGGAAACAAGGCAAAUUUUUGAUUUGCAACAUUUCAAAGGUUUGCUUCACAGUUCUAUGGAAACACGACCAAUGACAUAUUUUUGGAGGCUCUAAACAGAGAAUAGUAGAAAUAAAGUGGUAAUAAAAUGUAUUUAGACAUCUACAAAUAAAACUUUGGGCUCAGAAAACAUGAAAAUACAUGCAGAACUUGAUUGUCUACUUUUAAUACGAGGAGAUAAUUAAAAAUUGGUGGCGUUUUCCUCUUAUUUCAACAACACUCCACAUUAACAGCUUUUUACUGACUGAACAGUGCCACCUAGUGACGGGAUGAUAUAACAACAUGAAAAUUAGAGCUGAGUAGCAGGAUUAGACAUAUUAAUCCUUCAUACGUAAUGCUGUUUUUUCUGUUUGUUUGCAGGAUAAUGUUGCUGUUAUUAUGCCUCUCAGAAAAGACCUCAUUAUCUCUGCAUUUUGUAUUAACACAUCUAAUAAUGAUUUGUGUAUCAGUGAAUGUACCUGAACCUGUCCAUAUGUUGUUUAUUACGUCUUCUUUGUCCAGUUUUCUUGCGUAUCAGUGACUUCAGAGCGUCUGUGAUGGAUGUAAACGGCUACCGCUCUGUAAACACUGCAGCAGCACGAAAACAACGAGGCGUCACGCUGAGGUUAUGUGACGGUGAGAUGGAUAACGCUGCUAUCUCGGGUUGCGUUUUUGGUUUCAAAGGUCUGUCAGCCGGUGAACUUGAGAGUGUGACUGAGCUGGAAUGUGCGUUUUUACGUUGGCAGUUUUUGUAACGAUCGUCUGAAGAUGUUUUAUUAAAAUAAAGUGAAAUUUGUUACCGUU